AUGGUGCUCAUAUCAUCUUCGACUAUCUCUGUUAUAAUAUCGUCGUCUGUCAUUAGCCUAUUUACAGGUCUUCUUUUCCUAUCAGGUUACGUGCUCCAGCAACAAACUGUUCGUCACAUACAAGCUUCCAUUAGUCCUGAUUCAGUAUACCAUCUCGCAGGGCGACAAUAUGCCCUAUCAGGUGGCUCCCCCGCAGCCGCCUAUGUUGUUGCCAACCAAGGUAAUGAAGCAUUCUCGACCCCUGAUGCUGUACUAGCCGACAAUAGCAGAGGACGAGGAGACGGAGAAGGUGGAGAGAUGGGGGAGACAUCUCGGAACGAACUGGAUGGUAAAUAUGGGCAGAGAAAUAGCCACACUUAUGUCCAAAUUAUUUCAAAACCAAGCGUGUCAUGUAUCUGCUCGAGCCUUCUAUUCUUCAAAAUCCUCUCAUCGAACAGCGACAUUGAAACGGACAAAGUGUUCCUAUAUCCGCAAUCCUGGGACCUACACUCGCCAUCUAGAGGAAUUUCAAAUGCGCUGAGUCUCCUCCGACAAUAUCAGAACAAAUAUGGUAUAAUAAUGCACGCCAUUAAUACGUCAGAUCCCAACUACCGCUUCCCAUCAAAUACAAGGCUCCUCAGCAGAGCCUCACAUAAAUUAACCCAUUAUAAAAAGAUUUUCUACAUCCGUUCCCCUGGCAUGCUUCUCGACUCCUCGAGGCUCAACCAAUUAUUCCUCUCCCCACCACCAACACUCUCAUCCUCCUCAUUCUCCUCGUCCUCACCCUUUUCUUUCCGGAAAAAUAAAAGAAAAUCUACAGACAGUUCGCAGAGUGAUCAGUGGGUUCCAACUCGCUUAUCAACCGUGAACGCGGACCUCCCGUACGCGUUUCUCGUUACAACGGAUCAUUCUUCGUCAGGCGGUGUUUCUAUUCGAUCUCAUGUACCAAUUCCUUUAGUGAAACAGUCCUUGAUCGUUCCGGCGGUACCAAAAUUUGCUGUCGAAAAAGGCGCAGAGCUACAUCCUGCCUAUGUGUUUUUUGAAAAAGAUAGGGAUCGGUUGCGGGAAAUGGAAACUGCGUAUUAUCAACAAUGGAAGAAAGAUAUUGAAGACAUUUGCCAGGGUAUUGAUGUUAAUGACUGA